AUGUUUGCUGCUGGAUUCUACACGUACUCUAUAUUCGCGUUGGUGUUUUGGGAAACAAGACGGUCUGAUUUCGGAGUUUCGAUGGGUCAUCAUAUCACAACUCUUGUUCUCAUUGUCCUCUCCUAUAUCUGCAGAUUAACUCGUGCUGGUUCUGUUAUUCUUGCACUUCAUGAUGCGAGCGAUGUGUUCCUUGAAAUUGGGAAAAUGUCGAAGUAUUGCGGAGCUGAAAGUCUCGCGAGCAUUUCGUUUGUUCUUUUCGCUUUGUCUUGGGUCGUUCUACGUCUCAUUUACUAUCCUUUUUGGAUCCUGUGGAGCACAAGCUAUCAAAUUAUUAUGACUGUGGACAAAGAAAAGCAUCCUAAUGGGCCGAUCUUGUACUAUAUGUUCAACACACUACUGUAUUUUUUGCUUGUUCUUCAUAUAUUCUGGUGGGUUUUGAUUUACCGGAUGCUUGUGAAACAAGUGCAAGAUCGAGGCAAGCUUAGCGAAGAUGUUAGAUCCGAUUCUGAAAGCGAUGAUGAACACGAGGAUUGA